AUGGCAUGUGAGAAGCUUGUAGUUGUUUGUGAGCUGUUAAUUCGUGUGACUGUUUUUCCAGUUGUCACUCAGCCGACCGCGUCCACCGCUCCUCCGAGCACAGCUGAAGAGACCAAAACACCCGACGCCUCCAAACCCAAGAAGAACAGAUGCUUCAUGUGCCGCAAGAAGGUCGGCCUGACAGGGUUCGACUGCCGCUGUGGGAAUCUCUUCUGUGGACUCCAUCGCUACUCGGACAAGCACAACUGCCCCUACGACUACAAGGCGGAGGCUGCAGCCAAGAUCCGCAAAGAGAACCCGGUGGUGGUGGCCGAUAAGAUUCAGAGAAUAUAAAGCGCUCGCCGUCGCACCUCCACUUUGCGAGAGAUCAGCUACAAGGACUCGCACUUUGACUUGUGAUCUGAAAGACUUUUUUUUUUUUUUUAAUUACAGUAUGGG